GGGACUUCGAUAUAUGGAACGCGACGACGGUUUUUACGUUGAUUAAGGGCUUUUUAUGAGUUGAAGACAAUGGGAUUUUUUGGAAUGUCGGCUGAGACUGCUGAGAGCGACGAAGCCCAGUGGUGAACAUGUUUAGUUCUUGAAGAUCGAAGAGUUAGAUGGUGAAAUACAUCGAGAGAAGGUUGCACUGUGCUAACGUUUCGCGGGGCGGACAAGUUGUUGCACGUUUUUGAGGGAGAAUAUACGGUGUGUCCUUCUUCGGAAAAAUGGCUAGUCUCCAGGAGGUCUGCAAGAAAUGGAUCAACUGCACGCAGCAGUUGGAUUUUGAGCCCAUCCUAGAAAGUAUACAGGAUAGUAAGAAUAUAAAAAGAGGUGUAGAUAGUGAUAAAUUUUUAUUCAAGUUCCUCUUGCACCUUUCACACUCAGCUGAACGAUGCAACAGAGAAAAACUGUCCAAGGAGACUCAGAUAUUCACAAUUGCCAAAUUCAUUUUAGAGAAUUUGACAACUGUCCCAGAUAAAAACAAACUGUUUAGUGCAAUAUAUUAUAUCCUGUUUUAUUUUCUCAACAAGCAGCAUUUUAAGGAAGCUGAAAUUAUAAACAGUUACCUACUUCCUGGGAAAAUCAUGAAAGAUGAUGAUUUUUUUGAAAGUUCUAAAUAUUAUCAAAUAGCAUCAUUAUGGUAUCUUGAGAUAUUCAAGAAAAUCGAUGAGCAGGCAGAUAAUUAUAAAGCUCAAAAAGAUUAUAGCAAUGAAGAUAUAAGUACUUAUAUUCAGUUUCAUUUUCAGAUCUUAAAGCAUUGCGAUGAAACUUCCAGGUACUUUUUGGUCACGUUUGACACCUAUAUGAAAAAGCUUUGCAAUUAUCCAUUAGACAUUGCUUCCACCUACAUGGUACUUCUUUUUGAAGAAAUCUCAAAUUACAUAAGCAACUUGAAAAAGUUACCAGUGACUGAAGCCUAUAACGUCAUUAUUCCAGUAGUGGGCAUAGUUUUUUACAAAAGAAACGAUGCAAUCAAUAAUAAAACUAUUCUGGAGUGCUUUCAGAAAUGUGAUUCUCAUUUCCUUAUUGCAUUAAGAAUUUCGGCACAGUGUUAUAACAGUUACAAACUCUUCAGAGAACACAGUCUGAAUAUACUCGAAACUAAUUUUAUGACAAAGGAAUUUGGUGAAGCAAGAUUUAAGAAAACUUUUGAUAUUUUAAAAAUCUUAUUAGACAAAUAUGGCGUCGAGAAUGAGUCAGUCGCUAAUACCGUAACUGGACUAGCAUGCAGUUUUGAAAUUUUAUUUAAUAAUUGGGAAGGUUUAGUUUCGGAUCAAUCAACUGACUCAAAGAUCUUUGAUGAUAUUUUAAAGAUGGGUGAAUUUGUAAAGUUUACAUAUGGCUUUUUAAAAAAUCGUUUAUUUCCUCUCAAUUACAAGUGUAGAAAAUGCCCUAUCACAACGAAAUGUCCAAUGAAAAAAGAUAUUUAUAAUGCCAAUCUUGUUUUUUCUGCAUAUCUUCGACUUAUUGCUAAGUUUAAAUCAAACAAUUUGAAUGAAAAGACAUUCACACUUGCCAAAGAUAUGAUAGAAGAAAUGCUAUUGGGGUUCAAUGAAUUGGACAAAUCAGGCUGCAAAUUCUCAGCAUCUAUGUGGGAUUCAUGUGCAAGAUCAAUCUUCAAUGUUGGAUUGGUGUGUGAAGCACUCUAUCCAGCACAAUAUGAAGGGCUAUUUGAAGUGCUGUGUAGGCAAAUUGUUAAACGUGAUGGCUUGUUAAGUAAAUUGAGUAGUUUUGGAUUAGAAAGUCCUGUUGGUACUACAUUACAACGCCUGUGCAAUGUGAAUUUUGAACAAGGAAAUUACAGAAAAGCUAUGAGUUACACAGCAUAUAAUGCAGUUGUCAGUACUACUGAAAGUAGGAAGAAAAAGGCAUAUGAUAUGUGGUGCACAAUAAAACUUAAAUGUUCAGAUUCCCAAGAAUUUCAAGAACUAACUUUAGUAAACUGUUUGAAAACCAGUGAAUCCAUUGCAAAAAAUGUUGGCAUUGAUGUCAAUCUUGAGCAGUAUAGUUUUGACGAUUUAUCUGCGAUUUAUCUCCAAGAACUGAAGUAUUUGUUUCCAGUUAAAGGAAAUUUAUUAAUUUCGAUGCAAAAAUCUUUAGCUGAAUUAGAGUCUACCAAGAAUGAUUUAUAUUAUGCAAGGGGUGUACUACUGUUGUGCUUCCAUUCAUUGCAGCAUAGCAAGAGAAAAUAUAUCAUAGAGUACAUUACAAAAGCGAUUAAAAAGUUGAACGCAAUCAAGCCUAGAAAACCAAACGUUGAAAUGUUGAAAGCAAGUUUAACCUUCUUUAACAUUCUUGAAAAAUUAUAUGCAAAGCGUCAAGCUAUUACCAAACAAAUGGACGACGCUAAUUUCACAGUAAAGUCUUUUAAAACGUUAAGAGGCAAACAAAUAGAUGACGAGAUAGAAGAACAAGACGAAAUCGUACCUACUUACGGAAAUAUAAACAUUGAAGAAGACAAAAAAUGCGCCAAAGAAUUAAAAGACGUGCUGAACACUUGGGAUAAUUGCAUACAAAAAGACUUGACAGCAGUAGUAAAAGACUGGGAACCCGAGUACACGCUUGAAACUAUUAUUUUGUGUGGAGAAUACUGUCGUCUUUUCAAGUUUAAUCAUAACGAAGAACAAGCUUGGAAAAUAGCUUACAAGUUGGCUACAGCUUUGAAUAAUUUCACAACGUGUACAUACGUAACUAGUCGAAGUAUAUCUUUAAGAUUCAUUAAUAAUGACUGGAUAAAAUAUGCUGAAAAAUAUGUUGAAAAAUUACAAAAUUCCAGUAAGAAUACUGAAUUGGACACUGUUAGUCUAUUUUGGUUGAGUUUAGCAGAUUUUUAUUUGGAUUGUAAAAAGACCACGGAAGCCAAAGUAUUGUUAGAAAAAGUUAAGAAAAUGUCAAAUUUCAAGUUAAUUGAAAACUCCAAAAUUUAUAUUUAUGCAGCGGAUAUACAGUUGCGCAACUAUUUUGUAAUCAACGACAAAACUAGUCAAGAAGAUUAUCAUAAAUUAUUAGUCGAAAUUCAUUAUAUGUUAAUAAACAUACAUGACUUGUUAGAACAAGAAACGUAUAGGUUCUGGAACAUAAGGUUCAGAUUGUAUGCCUUGGAACAAAUGUACGAAGUGAUGUGUAACAUGACGAUGCCGAUGUACAGUUUGCUCUCUUAUCGCGAAAUAUUCGCACAUUUAAUAAACGGACUGCAAUUCGCCCAAAAAUCAUGCAUGACUUUACGCAUUGCCGAGUAUUUGAAAUACUACUGCUAUAUUUUUCUGUUACGCGGUCAAACGGAAGAAGUUGAGACGAAGCUCCAGGAUCUCGAACACAUCCUUUGCUUGGAGAAAUUUCAAGCGUCCAUGAAAUUCAAUCAUCGUCAAGCGGCAAAAACUGUACAGGUAAUAUCAACAGAACCAUUUCGAAACGCUAAUGCGGUGAUAAUGAAGAAUGGUGGCGCUUCACCGGAGCUGAAACGCAAGAUAUUCUCGAUGCCAAACUUUUUAAUGGACUCGAACAACUGCCAGUGUUUCACGUGUACUCACCUUCUGUACCAGUAUCUGACAUUUUCUUGUGCUUACAUCCGCGCUCAGCUCUACAGCAUACUCGGCUACGUUAGCGAGGCCAAGCAACACUUCCACGGAGCCAGUCUCAUCAAGGAACGCCUCGAAGAUAGGGACACAGAUGUUUUGAGGCAAGAUAAAAAGUAUAAGUGGAAGCGUCACCAAACAUUUGAUAUCGACGAGUUGUUGUAUAUGCUAGACUUUAGUGUGUUCAUAUCUGACUACGUGCCUGAAAGGAAGGACGAUGCAUUAGCUGUUAUUGAAGAAGCGCUGGAAAUAGCUAAGGAGGUCGACCUCGAUAAACACCCGAUUGGAAUUUACGCUAAGGAAUUGUGGACGCAACAUUAUGUCUAUGAAGUUUUCGCCGAUAAGUUGUGUAUCUCAUCAGAACCAGAAAUAGAAAUCACAAUCACAAAUCAGACAGCCAGUGGCUGCAUAACCCCGAAGCAGCAGGUGGAGCGAGCCCCACGUAAUCAGCGACGACGAAAGUCUCCUUCAGCUGUCGCGAUACCGGUGAUCACCAUCGCAGAGUCACCGGUGACGACAGAGGAGCCUGUGGCGAAACUAGUCCCAGAUGAGAUGGUAAAACCUAAACGAACUAGAGCAAAGCUGGUGCGUCGCAAGCUGCUCGUAGAUGAGGUCGACGAGAGCCCAAAAGAUGAAAACCAGCAGCCUGCACCGGUCAAGAAGCGAAGCACGAGACUGGCCAGCAAGACUAGUGGAAACUAGGCUUGUCAAGAGAAUUUUUCAUGUGAUGGGAUCGAAUGUGUCAUCGAUGUGUCGACAAUAAUUCAUAAGAACUUGCAAAAACUUUUAAAACUGAGCUUUUGUUAGCACGCCGUUUUGAAUAAUUUACACAAAAUAUUGCCGAGAGAUGAGUUUUAACUCAGAAACGAAACGGAUGUGCCGAAAGCUCAAAGAUUGCUGAAAUUAGACUGCGGAUCAUGUAUAAUUAUUUUAAUGCAAUCGAAAUAAUGAAUGCUCAAAGCUUAUGUUCGAUUGCUCUCGAAUUAGUAGUGCAUGAUAUUUCCUUCAAGCAGUUUUCUAUGGAAAUUAUAUGAAGGUGAUUUUAUAGUGCCAAUUAUUUAUACAUAUAUAAAAAUGAACUGUGAAAAGAAUACUGAAGCUCAAUUUAUUUA